AAAAACCCUGAUUUUGAAAUCGUACGAUCUCCCAAGUUUUCUGAAUCGGACCGGUGGCGAUUUUUACGUCCGCGAUGGCGGAGCUAGGGCAACAGACGGUGGAUUUCUCCGCUCUGGUUGGCCGCGGAUGAAUCGUUCAUUUCGCUCAAGGAGCUCGUGGAAAAGGCCAAGUCUCCGGAGCUUUCUGAUACUGAUAAGAAGAUUAUCCUCUUGAAAUAUAUCGUUAAGACUCAGCAGCGGAUGCUUCGGCUCAAUGCGCUCGCCAAGUGGUGUAGACAGGUUCCUCUAAUAAACUCCUGCCAAGACCUCGGAAGCUCAUUAUCAUCUCACGACAUAUGCUUCACACAAGCUGCGGAUUCACUCUUCUUCAUGCACGAAGGUCUACAGAAAGAGCUUUUGAGGAGUGCUCGUGUUUGUCGAGGUCCUAGUGAUGUCUUCCUUCAGGCCUUCCUUGAUGAGCCUAGUACUGAGGGAGGUGACAUGGUAGGUUCUGAGGAACAAGUGGAGCCAGAGGUCUUACGUGUCGAGCCUAUGGAUCUUCAGCUACUCUAGGCACGGCACUGUUUAACAGACUAGGAAUAAAAGAUUUAGAGAGAAACUUACGUUGAGCGCGAUCUUCUGAACCUUUGGGAGCUCAGAACCAGAUUGGUUGUCUUCAAUGAAGAUCGUCAAGCUAGAAAAUCAAGUAGAUAAAAGGUUAGGUCGAGCAAGCAUAAUAUAACACAGAACAUGGUAGAGAAUCUUUACCUGCGAACGUUCUGAAACUUAACAUAUUUAAGGACAGCAGAUUUUCCCUGUAAAUGAAUUGCAACAGUUACUAAAUGAAUAAAAAGUUAGA